CUGGACAGGAAGAACUGUUACGUGAUUGUGUGACACAUGUGAUCGGUCAGUUCCGUUUUAGUGUGAGUGCAGGUUUAAAUGGGAGCUUGUCUGGAUUUGAGAAACAAGCGCUAAAAUAUUUGAUAGCGGUACCAGAAGAGGAAGAAGACGACGGCUGAAAAGAAAACAAUGAAAAGCAUCAGAGCAGCAAAUAAUUCGAAGUAUGUGAGAGGCGCACGGAAGCUUUCCUUCUGGUAAAGGACAAGAAGGGGUGGACGUCCUGAAGAGAGCGGCGCACGGGAGCAGCAGUCCCGGGAAAUCACAACAGUUGGCUUUCCAAGGAAACGUCCAGUGUGCGAAUAUGUUGGCAGGGAAAGUGACUGCCAAUGCAACUGCCAUGGAAUUUCAUGAAAUUGACGUCAUCUGCGUCAAGGAAGAAGAUUAUGAUUGGGCGUCUACCCAGCAUACCCAGGAGGGUGUCAGCAUAAAGAAGGAAGGUUGUGAGUUGGAGAUUACUGACAUUAAAGAAGAGGACUGUGAGCGUGAGUCGCAUGGGCUCUCAGUGCAUAAUAAUAAAACUGUUAAACAAUUCAAAGAAGAUGUGUCUCCUGAGAAUGAACCCAAGUUAAGAGUGUCCACAGCUGUCCAACAAGAGAAAACUGCUUUGGAGUCUAUUCAGAGGACAUCAUGCUCAAGGAUACAUAUAAAGACAGAGCCACCAGAGUGUGAGGAAGCCAUUUCAGGGGAAAUUUAUUACUGGAGAGUAGAGCAAGAACAGCCAUUUCCAACAGCACAUUCGGAAAAAUAUUUAAAAGAGAAUGGAGAUUGCAGCUUGUCGUCAUUUGGUGCAGACUCUGUUCAGGACAAAAGGCAACAAAAUGAUCUUCAUGAAAAUACAAUUAAGCAGAACACUGAGACACAGAGUAUGAAACCGGAAAUCGUCAAGCUGAGAAUUACUGAUGGCAUCAAGAAUCUACAACAGAAGCCUGGUAAAAAGGUAGCUGGUUUGUAUGUCUGCAAAGAGUGUGGGGAAACCUUUAAAUGCAAAUCUCAUUUUAAGGAUCAUCCCAAAGUUCACACUGUGCAAAAGUUCUAUUGCUGUACUCACUGUGGUAAACAAUUCUCUCAGCCAGGCAGUCUGCAGAGACAUACCAGAAUACAUACUGGAGAGAAGCCACACUGCUGUCCUGAAUGUGGAAAACGGUUCACUCAAAUUGGUCAUCUUCAGCGACACAUAAGAAUUCACACCGGAGAGAAGCCACAUGGUUGUUCUGAAUGCGGCAAGAGGUUCACACAAAUCAGCAACCUUAAAGCACACAUAAGAGUCCACACGGGAGAGAAGCCACAUUGCUGUUCUGAAUGUGGCAUGAGAUUCUCACUCACACGCAAUCUGCAGAGGCACAUGAUAAUUCACACGGGAGAGAAACCCUAUGGCUGUGCUGAAUGUGGUAAACGAUUCUCACAGAGGAAGAAUCUUCAGAGACAUACACGAAUUCACACAGGAGAAAAGCCACAUUCCUGUGCUGAAUGUGGGAAGCGAUUCUCACACAUAGGCAAUCUUCAUGUUCAUAACAGAAUUCACACUGGAGAGAAGCCCCACUCCUGUUCUGAAUGUGGAAAACAAUUCUCUUGCAUAAGCAAUUUUCAGAAACACAUUCGAAUUCACACUGGAGAGAAACCCUACUGCUGUCCUGAAUGUGGCAAGAGGUUCACAGAGAAAAGACAACUUCAGAAACACCAUACGCUUCACACUGGACAGAAGCCCUAUUCCUGUACUGACUGUGAUAAGCAAUACACAGAAAAACGGCAACUUCAGAAACACCAGUUGACUCAUACUGGAGAAAAGACAUAUUCAUUAGAUGGGAAAAAAAACAAAGGGCCAGAUGUGCUGUCAUCCUUUAAAGACGAUAAGGAUGCAGUGGAAUCUCGCUAUCCAGUGAAAACUGUCUGCCAGUAUGGAGUGUGUGAUGGCAUUACAUUAAGCACGGCCUUGCAAAAAGUGGAUAGAAUGGAGCAAAGAAUGAUUGAAAUCAAGGAAGAGAAAUGUGAGUGGGACUCCGUCCACUUCAAGAAAGAAGGUUUCAGCAUAAAACAGGAGGAUUGUGAAUGGGAGCGUGUUUGUAUUAAAGAGGAGGAGCCUGGACCGAGUGCCUGCUGUAUUAAAGAAGAGGAUUCUGAACAGGUGUCUCUCAGCCUUAGAUUGCAGAGCCAUAAUGGUUCUACCAUUUUCAAAGAAGACGUAGCCUCAGAUGAUGACUCAUUUUUGCGGCCAUAUCCGGUAGUUAAAAAAGAGUCCCCUGAUUUAGAUUCAAGUCAAGGCGAACAGUGUUCUUCCUGGCAGGAUUCUGUCCAUGUGAAGACUGAAUUAUCAGAGUUUCAGGGUGGAAUGGCAGAGGAGAAAUGUUGUGGAAGCGAACAAGAACAGUUAUCUCCAAGACAUCCUAAAAAAGAUUUGGACGAGAAUGGUGGCUGCUUCAUGUCUUCUUUUGGUCUCGGAUCUCCCCACUGCAGCAAUCCUUGGAAACAGCACAACAAAAAAACAAAAAAAGCCUUACCUGAGUCAGAGAGUUCAAAUUCUCUGUCUCUGAAUAAAUUGACAAACAUAGAUCCAUCCAUUACUCAACAGCAAAUGCAGAAUACUGAUCCAAUGGCACUGUUUAUCUGCACAGAGUGUGGGAAAAGCUUCAAACGCAAAUGUGAUUGUAAAGACCAUGAAAGGAUUCACACUGGAGAGAAGCCGCAUUGUUGCUCCGAAUGUGGUCAGCAGUUUUCCCAUAUAGGCAGUCUUCAAAGACACAUCCGAACUCACACUGGAGAAAAGUCGCAUUACUGUUCAGAAUGUGGAAAGCGAUUCUCACAAAUAAGCAGUCUUCAGACCCACAAAAGAAUUCACACAGGAGAAAAGCCAUAUUGCUGUUUGGAAUGUGGGAAGCGAUUCUCACAGAUCAGUAAUUUUCAGAGACACACAAGAAUCCACUCAGGAGAGAAGCCCCACUCCUGUUCAGAAUGCGGCAAGCAAUUCUCACAGAUCAGUCAUCUUAAGACACAUGUAAAAAUUCACACCGGGGAGAAGCCACAUUGCUGUCAUGAAUGUGGCAAGCGUUUCACUGAAAAGAGACAACUUCAAAUUCACCUAAUAAUCCACACUGGGGAAAAGCCACAUUGCUGUCCUGAAUGUGGCAAGUGUUUUUCGCGGGUAGACAAUUUACAGAUACACAAGAGGAUUCACACCGGAGAAAAGCCACAUUCCUGUUUUGUGUGUGGCAAACGAUUCUUGCGUAAAAGUAGUCUUCAAAUACAUUCAAAAAUUCACAACAGAGAAAAGUUACGCUUACUGUGUGGAUUAAGGAAGAAGACUUGAAGAUGGAAAGGGCAGCAAAAUGGUUUAUUUAAACUGAGAGAAGUUAGCAGCCAUGAUGUAUUAUAAGCCUACACGUUAUCUGGAUUUUUAGUGCACAGUUGGAAUGUUGUAAAAUAUUUUCUUCCUCUGACACUUAAUCUUUUCUAUUUUUCCCUUUUUCAUCAUGUUUCAGUGGUGCCAGUAUGAUCAAAACUCAUUAGAUGAGUCAUAGUAACACUGUCCACGAGUCUGCUAAUCUACAAUACAGAAUCUGAUGUGACAGGGUUUAUUAAGAUUUUGUAGUCUACCAUUCCGUUUGCAAUAUUUCUACUCUAAAGAGCUGGAACUGUAGCAAGGCAAACUCCUGAGCUAUGGAAGAUUUUUUUUUUUAAAGUAGAAAAGUUAAGUUGCUAGUUGGAGUAGAGCGAAAACUGGGCCUAACCCUGUCCUGCAGCACUGUGAACCUGGACUCAGUGAAGAGUGCUGUACAUCAUAAGCUGACCUGACUAGAUCCACAAGUGUGGGCAAAGGUCAAAUCCAAUUACUAUUGUAAAAUUUAGAUUAUUUUCAAAAUGUUCUUCACAUGUUAUUGUAUGUGACUGCCUAGAAGAAAAACAGCUGUCAUUAAGGGAGGUGCAAUUGCUCAUUUUACAAUACUGGAAGUGUUAAGAGGCAGACUGAGCCAUUGGGGGUGCAGCACAGAUCUGUCUGAACACAAAUGCAGCAUUCCUUUUUGUACAUUCACUGGCUAUAAAAGAUUACUCCUGCUUCUGUGUAGUUAUGAGGUUAUGCAGGACGUCUGGACACUGAAUUGCUGUGUAAUAUGCAAGCCUACACUGUAUUGCUGCAGUUUCUGGCAUCCCUUUUGUGUUUGAAAAAAUGUGGUUUAAUAUUAUAAAAUACAAUGUCGACAUUU